CUUCUCUCUUCAUUCCCCUACCAAAUACAAUAUGUCAUCCGUUGAUUUUGAAAAGAUCUACCUCAACCAAUCGCGUACAUACGGACGUAUGCGCAUCGUGGACUCUGGACUCGGGUGGAAAGCGGCAGCAGUCACCACCGGCGGCUCCGUCACGAACCAGCAGCCGUUCCUCUUGCCGUCGGAAGAGGUAGGCCUGACGUACUGGUCGCGCGGUGCACGUGGCUGGGAGUUGCGUGUGCACACGAAGAACCAGGGCGUGGUGAUGCUCGACGGGUUCGCGCAGGCUGACUUUGCGGCGUUGAAGAGCGAGUUGCAGCGCAACUUCGACGUGGCAUUGGAGCACAGGGAGCAUUCGCUCCGCGGGUGGAACUGGGGAAAGACAGAUCUCGGCAAGCACGAGUUGAUCUUCUCGGUGAACAAUAGACCGGACUUUGAGAUUCCCUACAGCGAGAUCUCCAACCUGAACCUCACGGGGAAGAACGAAGUGGCGGUGGAGCUUAACUUAAGUGAUAAGCGUGCAGGGGACGAGUUGGUGGAGGUGCGGUUUUACAUCCCGGGGACGACCGAAAAGGGCAAAGGUGAGGCUAACGGCGAGGCUAGUAUCGAGGCCACGGGCGAGGGUGAAGCCACCAACGACGAACUUACAGAACAACCCGCGGCCAAUUACUUCUACGAGCAGUUAAAGGACAAGGCGGAUAUCGGACAAGUCGCGGGCGAGGCCAUUGUCUCUUUCUCUGACGUUCUCCUCCUCACGCCACGCGGCCGCUAUGACAUCGACAUGUACCCAACCUCGCUUAGAAUGCGUGGGAAAACUUACGACUACAAGAUCCAGUACCGCCAGAUCGAGAAGAUCUUCCUGUUGCCCAAGCCGGAUGACCAAAACCACCUCCUUGUGCUCCAGAUUGACCCGCCAUUACGCCAGGGCCAGACGCGUUACCCGUUCCUCGUGAUGCAGUUUGCCAACACCGAGGAGAUCGAGGUCGAGUUGAACGUGGACGACGCGGAGUUUGCCGCAACGUACGCUGACCGCUUACAUAAGAAGUAUGACCAGCAGACGCACAUGGUCAUCAGCCACUGUUUCAAGGGACUUGCCGAAAAGCCAAUCGUCGGGGUGUCCGACUUCACGUCAAAGUACCAGAUGGCGGGUGUGACCUGCUCGUUGAAGGCUAGCGAGGGGUACCUCUACCCGCUCGCGUCGUGCUUCUUGUUUGUGACAAAGCCGACAGUGUUCAUCCCGUACAAAGAAAUUACGAACGUGACGAUGUCACGAGUUGGCGCUGCCGGUGCUGGCUCCAAGACGUUCGAUCUUGAGGUAAACCUCAAGGGCACCGGAGGCUCCCAUGUGUUUUCGUCUAUCGACCGCGAGGAGCUUGAAUCGUUGCAGAAGUUCAUCGAGGCUAAGGGUGUGAGGGUCAAGAACGACGACAAGGAGGCCCAGCUGAGAUUGAACAUGGCUUUGAGAGAGACGUCCGAUGUUGACAUGGACACUGAGAGUGACGAUGAUGAUUUCAAGUCCGGUGACGACUCGGAUGUUGCUGAGGAGUUUGACUCAGAUGCGAGUGUCAGUGAUGAAAAUAUGAGCGGUUCGGAUGCGGAGCCGUCGAAGAAGAAGGCCAAGAACUAGAAUAAUGUAUUGUUUGUUAGAGUGGGAAUGUAGGGCUACCGGAUUUGCAUUGGGGAUAGGCGAAUAAUGGCGGCCAGUGGCAAAAGCUGAACUGAGGGUAGUGGAUGUUACCCGUGAUUACAGUGUUGGUGUGAGGUAUAGAAAUGGAGUAUGCUUCGCAAAACACUAAGUUUGGAGGAUGAGACGGUGAUGGUAAGCUUGAUUUAUUUGCUUUGGCAGUUGUGGGAGGAAGUUUGGUGGAGCAGAUGGCAGAAACUGGGCCUGGACCUUGAGUACAGGUAAAAUCUAUAGGUAUCAGUAAUAUCUUGAACAUCUACAUAACAUUUUGCACAAAAUUUUGUGGUAGCGUGA